GCAAAACGUCUUCAAAGGUCAAGUGCCAAAGAAAGCAGGCAGGGUAUAAAGGUCGGUGCUAGACCAAAAGCCGGCCAUUCUCCUCGUUCUUCGUUAUCGGCACUUAUUCAUCACGCAACAAUUCAGCGACAUGAAGGCAAAGAUGAUGGCGGUGAUGCUGACGACCUCGCUCUUGCUCUCGGGUACGGCCUCUGCUCUCCCAGUUGACCCUCCCCAUGGCUACGAUGCGCGAGCUUCGCACAGUUUUCACCCUGAACCUGACGAGGUGCAUGAGCCGUACGACUUCACAUACUCCGUCAGGAACGAUGAGUCUGGCGCAGACUUCGCCCACAGUGAGGCCUCGGACGGCGCCAGCGUCAGGGGGUCCUACACCGUCCUUCUGCCUGAUGGCCGCAGGCAAACAGUUACCUAUGUGGUCGACUCCCAGUCCGGCUACACUGCCCGUGUGACUUAUUCAGGAGAGGCCCAUCGCCCCGCCACAUUUGGCUCGCCUGUCAAUCCGACGGCCAAGACCUACACACCUCAGCUCGGCUUCUAGUGAGAGACAGCUCUUAGCUAAAACAAUACGCCAGUACCUAGUCAUAGAAUAAAAGGGCUUUGUGAUAUGAAUUACAUUGUUAAUUUUCGAGUGUUUUUUUUAUAACAUUUGUAUGUAAAAAUGAACAAAACUGUACGGCCGUU